AUGAAGUUCUCUGCUGACGUCAGCUCCGACCGUAGCAAGAGCCGCAAGGCCCACUUCACCGCUCCCUCUAGCAUCCGUCGCAAGAUCAUGAGCGCUCCUUUGUCCAAGGAAUUGAGAGAGAAGCACAGUGCUCGCUCUAUUCCCGUUCGCAAGGACGAUGAGGUCAUGGUCGUCCGUGGUACCUACAAGGGCCGCGAGGGCAAGAUUGUUCAGGUCUACCGUAAGAAGUGGGUUAUCCACAUUGACCGUGUCACCCGCGAGAAGGUCAACGGUGCCACCGUCCCCAUUGGUAUCCACCCUUCCAAGGUUGUUGUCACCAACCUUAAGAUCGAUAAGAGCCGUCAAGCCAUCCUCGACCGCAAGAACAGCGCUGCCAAGAAGACUGCUAUGCAGGAGGUAAGCUAA